UCCCCUUCUCAUCCAGCCUGACGGUGUCUUGGUGUUUUAUUUUUAUCUCAUGGCCACCGCCGGUGGAUCCCACGAGUUAUGCCCGUCGAACGGCCGAUUCCUUUUGGAGACAUGCAAGCCGCCCAUCGUGCGCGGUGGGCCUGCGAAGCUGUUGCAAAGAAUAGAAAUCUGCAUUCCCUCUCUCGCUCCCCUUCUGCCGUCGCGUCUGGUAGGCUCGGGGCCGUUGUGAUUGCUCUCGAUCCCAUUUCCACUUCUACGCGCGGCCGGUAGCCAUGGCUUCACGUCCGGUUGGCUCUUAAUCUUUGCGGCAGUAUGAAUAGCUGGUGGCCUCCAAGUAAUGCUGGCGACGAGCCGCCGUCCAGUGCUUAUCCUCGCAACGGCUGGCCCGCUCCCCAUGCUGGCUCCAGCAAUCAACCCUCCCCCAGUCGUCGAGAUCAUGCUGUACAGCCCCCUCCGUUGACAACAGCUUUGAGUGGUCAACAGUUCCAAGGACUCGGAGUCGCUCUUGGUGCCGGUUACGCAUCGACGCCCCUCUCGACCACCUCCCUGUCCAGCCCCUUCACGCAAAGCCAGUCUCCUGCCGUGACAACCCCGGGAGGCUUCCCCGCCACAUCUUCUGCCAUGGCAUCGAGACAGUACACGGUCCCGUACAAUCCACAGGAUUGGGGCCCGGUGAACGGAGCUCACAUGCAUGCGGCACAGUCUGCGUAUCCGCAGGCGAACAAUAUGCUUCGCGUCAUGUCGCACCACCGACCAGCGGGGCACUCAGAGAUGUCCCUCUCGCCGCCCCCGCCGCCUUACUCACCUCCCAGCCAGCCCCAGCAACAGCAACACCGGGACCAUGUGAACCAGGGACCCGCCAUGAGAGCAGGCUCCGCAUCCCCUGGUGCGGUGUCUACCUAUAAUGGCCAGGUGCAUCAUGGGGCCGAUACUCCCGUGGAGUAUCGCCAACAGCCGCUUCCUCGUACUCGCCCGCUGUCCGUGGUAGGCGACGCAGGUCUGACGAGGCAAGUUUCAUUGCCUCCGCCUCCUCCCUUACCCCAGGGAGUCCCAAGCUCGAGGUCUUCCUCUCAUAACAGAACCGAUGUAUACCGAGAACAGCCCGCGUUCGCUUCCAGUUCCAGGGCGUACGUGAUGGCCUCGCCCCCGAGUAUGCAGCCGUCACAUCCGAGUAACCACAACAACCACAUGGUUGCAACUGCUCAGUACGAUGACAUGUCUCGACCGCCAGCUUCCCGACGAGCUGUCUCGGCGGGCCCAAUUGUGGGUAGUGCGAGCACGUCGAGGGCCACGAGCCAAUCCCGAAGUCGUUCGCCGCCGGGAGGUGGAUGGGAACCCGGAAUGCCCCUUCCGCCACCCCCUCCAGGCCCUCCCCCAUCCUCUACGAGGUCACAAAGCGUCAGUGGUCUGUCCGAUGCCUCCUCCUUACGCCACUCGCAGUCAGCGGCGAGGACGACGAGAACUCGACCUCCUCCAGUCUUAGGAACUGGCUUGGACAGUAUCCCGCCCACCCCGGCUGACUGGGUGGAGGAGGGAUCUGCGGAGGCUAGGCAGAGAGGCAAAGCACCUCUGCAUAUUGAUACAACAAGCACAUCGUUACAUCGUCCCGACACCAAUGGUACUGGUUCGGUGACAUCCGCUCAUCCUUCUCAGAGCUCUUCGACAAGUGGCCUCUUUCGUAGCCCAGCCAUUCGAGACACGAGCACCAAGGGUAUCAGAGAGAGGCGAGUUGAGCGUCGAAACAGGCAGAGCCAAGUUAUGGACGACUUCAGCGCCGUAUCCAUGAGCAGCAACCCUUGGGCUGAGGCCUUGGAGCAAGUCAAGCCGUCCAAUCUAGUUCUGGACGACGUCAAUGUCACUCCUGAGCACCCUCGGCAGCAGGCUACAACAAGAGCCACGCCACGCAGCAAUCACAGCGUCGGGUCUGACGGACAGCAACCGACUUCACGCUCCAGGGCCUCCUCAACCGGGCUGUUCUCCAAUCGUUCCUCGUUCUCGACUCCUCGAGCCGAACCGAGCCCUCUAGGACCAUCUCGGGGCUAUGCACAGACUCCGCCAUUCUCGCCUGACGGAGACAAACCGUCUACCUUCCCCAAGGGAGCUUCUCCGGCUUUACCACCGAAGGCCCUCCCAACGCCGCCGUUGCAAUCUGCCCAGGAGGUCCAUCCACCGUCCCGGCCGGGAUCACGAGAAGAUCGACCGGUCUCGCACAUAUUACAUUUGCCCAAUGAUCAGCUCCAAUCGGUCUCGACGUUAUCUCCUCGUCGUGUUCCGAUGUCGCAAGGGCCAUCGUUGAAUUCCGUUGUGAAUCAAGAUGCGACUUUUAUGAACGACGCGAUCCAAAGGCACAAAGAGUUUAUUGAGAAGGAGGCUGGCGCGGCGGACGAAGCAGAGGCUUUGAGGGUUUUCACCGAAUUCAUCAUCGCGGAAUCCCAAGUUCGACGAGAAAGGUACUCCAAGAUAUGGGGCUCGAAUUCGCUGGACUUAGAAGGGGUCCGUCGGAAGCUAUUUGAACUUCCACCCAAGCCUGCUCCGCCUCCUCAGCCAGUCGUCCCCCCUUCAUUGUCGCGGCGACCAUCUAGGGGAGCUCCAAGGCUAGAUAUUCCCCAGCAGUCUCGUCCGGAGUCGGCCUGGUGGAGUAACUACAAACCCUGUCUGUCGCCCAUAGCAAGUCUCAGCAUGAGCAACGACGAGAUGAGCUCCCGAGGCCGUGCCCCGAGCCGUUGGUGGGAGUCCAAAUCCAGUAGUGAGGGUGGCGAGCGAAGGAUUCUGCGAUCCAAACGAGAGUCCAAGUAUAUGGGUCUGCCUCGCGAGUCUUUGCAAUGGCCCCAGGGACGUGAUUCUGUGGAGGCCAGCAACUCGAGCGAUGCCUUCGAGUCCGGAGACCAAUUUACCGCUUAUGGCCCUGAUGAAUAUCCGCCUGAGAAGGUCGGAUGGCAUGAGGACUUUGCGCCGUCGGAAUACUCCAGCACUGCCGGCCACAGUAUCUCUAAAGAGACGCAAAAAAUGGAUGUCUCGAGGCUGAUUACCUUGCCGCCCCCUUAUCCCCGGCACCAUCCGGCUGUAAAUAACAGUCAUCCGGACCUUGUCGCAUACCGUACCCUAGUCCGAUCCAUCAGCGAUCUUUCCGAGGUUAAGACUACGAGGCAACGGCAUAAAACGGAGGUUGAAACUCUAUCGCAGGCCCAUCAGGAGCGAAUCCAGGAGGGUCGCCGACAAUUCAAGGCUAACAUCCAGAGCCAGAUCCAACAAGGAAGCAUCACUUUCGCGGAAGCUGCGGAAGCGGAGGCUGCUCUGAUCGAGGAAGAAAACAAGCACGAACGAAACUUGGCAAAACAAGAGCUGGAUGCAUAUCAAAAUACAGUGCUCAAGCCUAUGCACGCGAUUCUGAAUGAUCGAAUCACCAAAGCUACCACCUGCAUCAACGAGCUACGCAGCAAGAUGUUUGAUGACGCGCAGCAUGAAACACCGGAUCAGACCCAAGAGGAAGGUGAUGAGAAACCGGAGCUGUUGGAAAAACUGACGCAGCUCAAAUGGCUGUUCGAGGCGCGGGAGCAGUUGCACCGGGAGAUGCACGAUCUGGUCAGUGACCGAGACGAGAAAUACAAGGCCGUGGUCCUCCUGCCUUACAAGCAGAAGCUCAACGAGGAGAAAGUGCGUGAGACCAACGCUUUCUUUGUCAAGGACGCCCAGGACCGGCGCGUCAAUUACGAAGCAGCUGCCUUGGCUCGCCUUGAAUCGUUCUUGGCCGUGAUUGAAGAAAACGCCGCUCGGGGUGUAGAACUACAGCUCUCUGCCUUCUGGGAUAUUGCACCGUCGCUUCUUACCCUGGUCCAACAAGUCCCGGAGGAUCUUGAUGGCUUUCAGAUCCAGAUCCCGGCCAAUGAAUACGAGGAGAACCCAAGUUACCACCGCCAUCCGCUGCAGUAUCUCUACACGCUCAUCUCACAUGCCGAGAAAUCCAGCUACCAGUACAUUGAGUCGCAGAUCAACCUUUUCUGCCUCUUGCACGAGGUGAAGUCCGCGGUUAUGAAAGCCAACUGCAAGCUUAUGGAGGCGCAGCGUAUUCGUCAAGGCGAGGCCGAAGACUCGGUGCGGCGGGAGAUGCAAGACUCGCGUGCAGACGAGGAGCGGGCCUUGACCAACGAUCUCAAGGACAAAGUGGCUACGGUGGAAGGUCAGUGGACCGAGGCGUUGGGAAGUGCCAUCCAGGGCCUCCGGGAGCGUGCGAAGGAGCAGCUGAUGGAGGAGAAUGGGUGGGAGGAUCUGGAGCGGCUGGAGGAGGCAUGACGGGACGAAGUGAUGAUUUCGCACACUGUUUUUUUCUUUGCUUUUCCUUUCCUUUUUUUU